AUGGCAACAACAUUGGCUCCAAGAACGCUGCUGCGUGUGGCUUCUGCCGCCACGAUGUGUACUGGUCCUACAGUUAUUCAAACAGUGCGCUAUAACAGCUCUUCCUCUUCGACUGUUGAAAUUCUUAAAAAGACAUACCCGAUUGACGAGUGGACCAACGUAACGCCGUCAAUAAUUGAACUAACUAAUCGCAAACUUCACUUAAAUCCUUCACAUCCUAUUGGUAUUCUUCGCAACAUGUUUGAAACCCAGCUUGGCCAAAUUGGUGGUUAUACAUUUUAUAACAGUUUUGAGCCUGUGGUAUCAACGUACGAAAACUUUGAUGUGCUUGGGUUCCCCCAGGACCAUCCUGGGCGUUCCAAAACUGAUACUUACUAUGUUAACAAAUCUACCCUUCUACGUACCCAUACUUCUGCUCAUGAAGCUGAAUGCUAUAAGAACUGCAAAACCCCUGGAUACCUGAUUUCUGCUGAUGUGUACCGCCGCGAUACAAUUGACAAGACUCACUACCCGGCGUUCCAUCAAAUGGAGGGUGCAUACACGUGGUCGCGCACUGAACACCCUGGUGAAUCUCUUGUUGAUGCUAUUCAACGUGAUUUGGAUCGUCUUCCUAAGCCCGAUAUUAUUGUCGAAGAUCCUAACCCGCCUUUUCACCCGGAACGCAACCCUAAAGAAUUAUCUAUGUCUGAUCGUGAAAUUGAGCUUGUGUCUGCGCACUUAAAGCGCACCAUUGAACUCUUGUUAUCUGCUGUGUUUAACCGUGCUCGUGAAGCUGCAUUGGCUUCUGGUUCUCAAGAUCCAGAUCUUCAAGCACCUCUCAAGGCACGUUGGAUCGAGGCUUAUUUUCCUUGGACGGCUCCUUCUUACGAAAUUGAAAUUUGGUGGAAGGGAGACUGGCUGGAAAUGUGUGGAUGUGGUGUCGAGCGUCAACACGUUUUGCACAAUGUGGGGAUUAAUGACAAGGUUUCCUGGGCUUUUGGUAUCGGUCUUGAGCGUAUGGCCAUGUUACUUUUUGGAAUUCCGGAUAUUAGAUUGUUUUGGACCAAAGAUCCUCGUUUUGCCUCUCAAUUUUCUGAAGGAAUCGUGACUAACUUUAAGCCAUAUUCCAAGUAUCCAGGCACGCUCCGUGACGUAGCCUUUUGGAUCCCUAAGGACUCUGAGGGUAUUCACGAGAACGACAUCAUGUCGCUCGUCCGAGACAUUGCCGGCGAUGUAGUGGAGAACGUGUCCCUUCAUGAUGAAUUUGUGCACCCCAAAACUGGAAGAAAGAGUCAAUGCUACCGUAUUAACUACCAGAGCAUGGACCGCUCCCUGACCAAUAAUGAAAUCAACAAGUACCAGGACGAGUUUCGUGCUCAGUUGGCUAACAAAUACGACAUUGAACUUAGAUAA